AUGCACGAUCGGGAGUUGGUUGGCCCAGACGAGAAGCCCUCGGCCAUCCGAGGCGUGGCGUGCGCAGUGACGGGGCCUCUAUGGGGCAAUUUGGUGGACAGCGGCGCCUCUCGGAAGACACUUCUGCAGGCCGGAGCGGGGCUUUGGGGCAUCUGCACCUUCCAGCUGGCGCUGACCUCCAACUUCGUCGUCAUGAUGAUGCUCCGGGUCUUGAACGGCGCCGCGCUGGCCAUGAUGGUGCCGGUGAUUCAGUCCUUCGUGGCCGACCUCACCAGCUCCGAGAACUGCGGGUCCGCCUUUGGGAAGGUGGCCUGCGCAGCCAAUGUUGGGCAAGUGUUGGCCUGCCUCAUGGUGACCCCCAUCUCCGAGAGCACCGUCCUAGGCAUGCACGGCUGGAGGUUCUGUUUGGCGACGGUGGGGCUGCUAAGCUUGCUGACCGUUCUCUUUGUGCGGGCGGCAGUCUUUGAGGAGCCGCCCGUUUGGAAGCCGAGGCGGUUUGGUCUCCUACGGGAGCUGCGCACGGUGUACCAGUUCCUGAAAAUCCCGACCUUUCGAGUGCGAGCCCUAGAGCCCUUGGGUGCCCACCCAGGAUGCUGCCACAUGGAUGAGCGCAGAGCUGAGAUCUCUUGCGACUGGGCGUGGUGUCUUGAGAUCACCAGCUUCGUUGCGCGCGAUGGGGAUGGUGCGGCCCGAGUGCGUUCGGACCCGUCUGAUCCCUGGGUGGCAAGCUGGACCAAAGCUUGCGAGGAGAACAGCUGGCUGGCCCCAGAGUUCAGCAAGGAGUGCGGGUUCCACCCCUGGUGUAAACUUUGCCGCAAGUGGGCCGACCCCAGCCACCUCAGCACCCCGAAGUGCCAGCAGCGCCGCCAGCGCGAAGGUGUCACCUGCGGGCCCCACCUAAGGAAGCUGCUGGAAACCCAAGGUGCCCCGCGGCCUUGCUGCCCGAAACCCCCGGCCGCGCAGCCGACGGUCCCGAAGCCGCCGCCGACGAUCUUGAAGCCGCCGCCGGCGGACACCGGCGGUUUCCGGCGCAGAUGCCGGAACUCCCACUGCACGUACCUCGCGCACACGGAUGAAAAUCAGUUCAGGGGCUACUGCUGCAUCGCGUGCUACAAGUGGGAGAAGGAGGGGUACAAGAAGAAGACCUACCACGGGGCACGCUGCCAAAAAGAGCCGGCAGAUGGCUGUCAAGGCUUCGAGUUUGAGGCCCGGGAGCCGGGGCCGGAGCCGCUGGCGCUUACCGCAGGCCCGGGCGAGCCCGAGGAGGAGCCCUGGCGAGCCCCGGACUUCGAGGUGGGCGGGCUGAGAUGCUUUGAAACCAAGCCCUACGUGAGUCAGGUAAUGGCCUGCAAGGGUGCGGAUUUGGAGGCCGAGGAGGAAGUGAUGUCAGCAGGCGUGAUCCGGGCCAGAGAUCCCCUGGUUUUGAUCCCCAGCGCCAAUGGCCAGAUUCUGCGCGCACAAGUAGGGCCAGAUCUGUGGAUCACAUUGGCAGAGAGGCAGCGAGGAGAGUGGGUGGAGAGCGGCUUCAAGGAGCCGCCGUGCACCUGGCGCCACCUCUUCCAGACGGCGCAGAACUUGGCCCAGGAGUGGGUCCAGGCUGACGAGCUUUGGCGUGCCGCUGAGUCCACGUGGGAAAGCUUUCAGAAGGCACAGCAUGAGCUCCGGGACACAGGAGACUGUGGGGGCCAGCACGUCAAGGCGAUGAUCGCCCGGCGAGACGCUGCCCGCAGAGAAGCCUUGAACGUGAUCGAGGACUUCGUGCGGGAGGCGGCAAACGCUCAAGGGCAAAGCUGCCAGUGGCACGGGGGAGCAGAGCGCAAGGAUGCGGUGCACGAAGCACAGAACUGGAGGGCUGAACUGCUGGAGGGCGAGAGAUUGGACACCAAGAAGGAGCUCAGGGACCUUGACCAGCAGCGCGCCAAGGUGACCGUCGCCAGGGCGAAGAUGCGGUCCGCCGACACGGAGUGGCAGAAUGCGCGCGAUCUGGACAGCCAGGACGCAGAGCAGCACAUGGCGGAGCGCGAGAACUGCCGCACCACUGAGAAGGGCGAGACCCGCCUGUACUUCCACCAGAUGGCGACCCUUUGCGACCUCGCCAGCCGUGUGGCGCCUGAGAUGUUGCCGGAGCUGCGCCGGCACACGGAGAAGACGCUGGAGACGGAGCUCAGGAAACUGAAGCCCAAUGACCAGACGGAGGUUCUGAAGGUGCUGGACCAAAACAUCAGCAUCUCACACUACGACCCGGAGCAGCUGCAGCAAGCGCGGCGCUUGUCUGAACCAAAUGCGCGGCACGGUAUCUACGAGAUGACGUAUGAGGGCGAGCCCUGUGUGAUCAAAGUGUUCGACCUGCACAUGCACCGCGGCUUGCCGGGCUUCAUCCAAGAGGUGAUGCUGCACGUCAGGCUACGACAUCCCUUGGUGGUUCCGGUGCGGCGCGCCUUCAUCGACUUCAAGGAGCACCGGGGCUUUCUGCAAUUCGAUCGCUACGAGUGCAACCUGCACCAGUACCUCCAAGAGCUGGGGUGGCCUCGGCGGGAGCCUCACCGCUUGGGGGAGCCGGCAGCGGCGGGGCACGUGGACAAGAUGACCCGCCGAAUCGCGCAGCUCAUGAUCCAGUCGGUGGCCCAUGUGCAUUCCCACGACGUGGUGCAUGGAGACCUGAAACCCUCGAACUGGCUCUGGGAUGCCAAGAACAAGGUGCCCACGCUCUGCGACUUCGAGACGGCGAAGGACCACGGGGCGAGCGCCACCCGCACGGCUCUCCGCAGCCGGGGCUACGUGGCACCGGAGCUCUCGCAGGACGCUUCCGCGCGGAACACCUUGGAGUCAGAUGUCUUUGCGCUGGGCCGGUCCAUCGAGGAAGUGGUGCAACGAGUUCCCAGCAGUCGACCAUCUGAGAAGGAGGAGCUGCAGCGUAUAGUGGAUCAAAUGCUUUGCGAUGAUCCCGAGCAGCGGACCACUGCAGCACGAGCUGCUGAGGACUGGUGGCGGGAGGUACUAGGCCAUCAGAGCUCCGACGGCUAUGAGCAUUUGGUGCGUGCGAACGAGGUGCUUUAUACCCAGGCGGAGUGCAGCGGCCAGUUCCGGGACGGGGAGCCCUUGGACAAUCUGAUUGAGGCCAUCAGGAAAGACCCGACGUACCCGCGCAAGCACGACAAACUGAUCAUUGACGUGGUGAGAAAGGGUGAUGCCUUACUCUCGGUGGACAAUCGCCGGCUCUACUGCUUUCAUCAGGCGCAAGAAUGGCACCGGGACACCACGGUGUGGAUCAAGAUUCGGGAGCACCCCUUCAGCCGGGCCACUCGCGCCUAA